UACUGCGCAGACAUACAUGUAUAUGCUUUGGCACGGUUAAUGCCUGUUUAUGUGCAAUGGCCAAAUACAGCACAGUGUGAUUUAUCUUGUAAUAUAUUUGAUACCCGGUCACGAAGAUUUAAAGGGGUAAUUGGUGCUAUAGAUGGAUGUCACAUUCCAUGCAAACAACCUGUAGGAAAUGCCAAUGAUUAUUAUAAUAGGAAAGGUUUCCACUCAAUUGUACUACAAGGUGUUUGUGAUCACAAAGGUCAAUUUAUAGACUGUUAUAUUGGAAUGCCAGGUCGCAUGCAUGAUGCAAGAGUGUUCAGAAAUAGUCCAUUGUUUAAUGCUAUAGGAAAUGGCCUUAUUCCAGAAAAUCGGCAUAUUAUUGGAGAUUCGGCAUAUCCCCUAUUACGAAAUUUAAUGACACCAUUUAAAGAUAAUGGUCACCUAACACAUUUGCAGCUUACAUAUAAUACAAAACUAAAUUCAAUAAGGUCAAUAAUUGAGAGAGCUUUUGGAUUACUUAAAUCCAAAUUUAGGAGACUGAAAUAUUUGGAUAUUUCAAAUUUGGACCUGGGUAAUCAUGUGAUUGCUGCAGCUUGUGUAUUAUACAACUUCAUACUAAACAGAGAUGGAUUUAUGAUGGAGGAUGAAGUAGUUAUGGACAAUGAAUACAUAGAGGACGAAGUACAAGUUGAUAUCAUAGACGAAGAUGUUGAAGCGGUUGAGAAGCGUAUGAAUAUAGCUCGAAAUCUUUAAAUAAUGGAACAAACUUAUGUAGUUUAUAAAAUAUUUAUUUUGUAUUAAAUAUACACAAUAUUAAAUCUAUUAAUAUGUUAACGUUAUUUUUACUUGUAUUAAUAAUUAGUUACUCUUGUUUUUAUUGGACUCUAUUAAUUCUCGCAAUAUUUCAUUUCUCUCUCUUUGUAUCCUGUUAUGUUCAUUUACAACAUCCUUUAACUCAUUUAUGGCAUCUACUCUUUUUUGUUCACAUUCCAAUUGUUGCUUUCGAAGAUCGUACGAAGCUUUCGUUCUUGCACAUUUCAACUUCUUGGAUUUUGGACCAGAAACAUCGUCAACAUCAGGAACAGGAUCGUUUAUCGGGAAGGAAGGGACUGUUUGACUGUAAUUGUCAAACAAUUCAUAUUUGUUAAUUUCUGCGUUAUUAACAUACUGGUCAUGUUCCCGUACAGCACAAAACUUGCAGUUACAUUGCAAUAACAUUGCUACAAUAUUGCAACAUUGCUGUAAUGUAGCUGCAAUGUAGCUGUAAGGUUUGUGCUGUAUGGGU